AUGUUCAAUCUUACGCUUCAUGCGCUACCUUUUGGAUUAUUUCUUAAUCUAAUUUAUCUGAUAAAUCUAAUAACAAUUACCGUUUCAUUCAAUAUCGAUGUAAGACAUCCGGUAAUUCAUCGUAGUGGCGCUAAUUCUAUGUUUGGUUAUUCAAUUGAUUUUUAUCAACAUGAAGGAAUGACACUUUUACUUGUUGGUUCACCAAAAGCAAACAGUGGUGCCAAACAGCCGGGUGUCAAAAACAGUGGUGCCGUAUUUCGAUGUUCCGUGGAAAAGUCUCUCUGCUCUGAAAUUUUCCUCGAUCGAAAAGGUAACGAAAAACGACUCAAUGGAUCUCGUAUGUUACAGAUUGAAGAAAAAUCGGAUCAGAUGCUUGGUGCCACCGUUAGAGUCUCCAAGAGAGGCGAUUCUGUCUUGGUCUGUGCUCCUCAUUACAAAUAUUUCUUCUCGAAAUUUGAAGUUAUUGAACCUGUUGGUACAUGUUUCUAUGCAACAAAUGGUUUUGAAAAUAUUGAAGAAUUUGCUUCAUGUCGACAAGAACCUGCUCGUCAUGGUCAUCAUCGUUUCGGAUACGGAAUGUGUGGCUUUAGCGCAACAGUUCCCGGUAAUGGUACUGAGCUGUUGUACAUUGGUGCUCCUGGUGCAUAUUACUGGCAAGGUACAAUCUUUGCACAAAGUGUGCGCAAUAAACUUGAUCGACCAAAUACGCAUGAUGGCCCAGCAGAUCAUGAUAACUAUAAUCUUGGUUACUCAUUGGCUACAGGUGAUUUUGAUGGUGAUGGUUUAGAUGAUGUGGUUUCUGGAGUACCACGGGGUAAUGAUCUUAUUGGUGCUGUUUACAUUUUCAAUCACAAACUAAUAUCACUGAAGAAUCUAACUGAUAAAAAUGGGCAGAGAGGGCAAUUCUUUGGUGCUUCUGUGGCAGUUACUGAUUUGAAUAACGAUGGUUACGAUGAUAUCAUAGUAGGAUCGCCAUUUUAUACUGAUUACAAGACAGUAAUGGAUGUGAAAACUCAGGAACAUAAGCCUCGUUAUGAUGUUGGCAAAGUUAUGGUUUUCUUCCAAGGACCGGAUCAUGAUUUUCCCAAAUGGGAAUCAUUAUUGGGACAUACUGAAUGGUCACGUUUUGGUUAUUCAAUCGCAGCUACUGGUGACUUAAAUCAGGAUGGUUAUAACGAUUUCAUCGUUGGUGCACCAUAUGAUGGUGAUGAUCGUCGAGGUGCCGUAUACGUGUAUCAUGGAGCUAAAAAUGGUGUACGAAAAGAACCAACGCAGAAAAUUGAAGCACAAAAAAUAAGUGCUGAUUUAAAAGCAUUUGGAUUCUCGCUUGCUGGUGGCAAAGAUAUUGAUAAAAAUCAAUAUCCAGAUAUUGCGGUUGGUGCUUAUCAAAGUUCCCAUGCGGUGGUAUUUAGAACGAAACCGGUGGUUACAGUAACCGGUUCACUAACGACAUCUAAGAAUUCAAUUAAUUUGGAGGAUAAAACUUGCUCAACCGAAUUUGGAAUGAUGGCUUGUGAACAUAUGAAGCUUUGUAUGAAGUAUGAGGGCAAAGGUCAGUCGCCAUCGGAUAUCGACCUAAAACUUCUCUUCCAACUUGAUUCCAAGAAAACCAUCACACCGCGAGCAUUUUUUAGACUACGAGAUUUGAACAAUAAACGAAAUACGAAAGUUCACAAAAAAGCAGCAUCACGUGAUCAGCCGGAUAUCAUCGAACAAACGAUGCAUUUACGAAAAGGACAUGAGCAUUGUGAAACCUACGAUUUUUAUGUCUCUGAUACAAUACGUGAUAAAUUAAGUCCGAUACAUGUCAUGGCGAAUUACAGUUAUGAAGAGCGUACAUCCGGUAUAUCAACGUCAGGUUAUUUAGAACCUGCACUAGAUACUACUGUACCGUUAUCAUAUCAAGUUGAAUUUCCGAUAGAUAAAAAUUGCGGUCCAGAUGAAAAGUGCAUUCCGGAUUUACAACUACAUGCUGUUUCGGACAAAGAGAAAUUCACCAUUGGCUCAGCUGAUCAGUCGUUAAUUGUUAAUGUGACGGUCGCAAAUCACGGCGAGGAUUCAUACGAAUCGCAAUUUUUCAUCACAAUACCACCAGGCUUCGAAUAUGGUGGUGUGGAGAAUUAUGCUACACAGCAACCUCUUAGUUGUUCACCGCAAAAUAAAGCCGGAAAAAAUGAGGAAUAUGUAUUUGUUUGUGAUAUUGGUAAUCCAUUAGCAGGUAAUAGUGAAGCUAAAUUUGGAUUCCGUUUAACCGGUACUAAAGUGGAUGCUACGAAUGAAGCUGUGGAAAUUAAAAUGUCUGUCAAUAGUACUAAUGAAGAAGCUUUGGGCCGUGAUGAUGAUAAUAAUUUGACUGUACGAGUUCCAGUCGAAAUUAAAGCACAACUUUCAUUAGUUGGCCGAUCAACACCGGAACAAUUAGAUUACUCCAUUCGGAAUCGAACUCCUAGUGAUCCAAUUUUUGAUUCCGAAAUUGGUCCUGUUGUCAGCCAUUUAUAUCAGGUUAUAAAUCGCGGUCCAAGUGCGAUCAGUGGUGCGUCGUUAGACAUAAUUUGGCCAAGUUUUUCUGAAAAUGGGAAACAUUUGUUGUAUUUAAUUGAUGAGCCACAAGUUAAUGAUCCCGAUAAAGUAAAGUGCCGCGUGAAACAAGCACAAAAUAUCAAUCCAGAGAGUUUAACGAUCUCCAACGAACACAUUCCAACGCCAUCAGCCAUAAUCUACGAUGAUCAGACACCCGGACAGAAGUAUGAACGUGAGGAGCACAUUCGAGAGAUGUACGAUGAUUACAGGUUACGACGACGUCGAAUGCAAAUUCAUGCAGAGCAUAUGAUUCGUAGUCAAAAAAUCAAACGAUCUCAUAAGCAAAAGAUCACCGAUCAACGCAGAACUCGAGUUAUUCAAGUGAAAGAUAAUCUGAAACAAGCUGUUAGAAUGGCUAAAGCGGCUGGAAAAGCUAUCGAAUAUAGAGGACCUCUUAGUAGGGCGAACAUUAGUUGCAACAGAGAUAAUUGCACACAUAUUGAAUGUGAUAUUCGACGGCUUAAUGAGGAUGAAUUUGUUCUUGUGGAAAUUUACGCUCGGUUAGCUGUGAAUACUCUAAUCGAUAAUAAUAUUUUUGAAGCGGAUAUUUCUUCUGUUGGCAUUGCUAAAAUAUCAUCAUUACCAAAUGUGCCACGCUAUGAUCCACCGGCACAACUUGUCGCGAUAACGACAGAUGUAAAUCCGACAGAUCCAGAACAAACUCAUCGUGGUGUACCAUGGUGGCUAUAUCUUAUUGCUAUCCUUAUUGGAUUGGUCAUCUUAGCACUUCUCAUCUUAUGUCUUUGGAGGUGUGGUUUCUUCAAACGUAACAGGCCACCAACCGAACAAGCAACUUACAAUACAAAUACCAAAAAUACGGAUAUGUAUGCGGAUAGUCAUGUUCGAUUUGCGCAACCGCACAUGUACUCUGAGGAACGACAUGGUGUUCGAGUAUAA